CCCGUGUGACGACCUUGUUUACUUGUCAAGACGUCGCUGCGCGUUCCUCCCGAUAUAAAAGAGCCGUCAGAAUGACUGACAGCACGCUGUGACCGGAGCACGUAUGAUCUCUUAAACAACAAUGCAAACGAGGAACAGAAGCUACAGUGGAUUUAUAGCGGCCCGUGUACUUUUAAUCACCAACAAGCAGGAUCCGCGAAUGUUUGAAGACAGAUGUGUGAAGGCUAACUAACAGGCUAAGUAAAGAAGCUAAGAGCAUUUCAGUCGGGUUGUAUUUGAUCUCCACCUCAACCCACCGGCCAUUAUCCGCAGAACACGAGCGUUUCUUUCGUUUUGAGGCCGUUAUGAUCCAUCUCUCUGAGACCAUGGACGAGGCAUCCCCGCCGUCUCUGACUGAUCUGUGCUUGACUCUGGUGAGCUCCAGGCUGGAGCUCUUCUGUGAGAUGCGUGAUGACGGCUCGCUCUCCUUCCGUGAACCGCUGGUCUUCCCGCAGGAGCUGGCCGACCAACUCCUCUGCAAGAUGUCCACCGAGGGCCUGUUGAAUGACAGCACAGUGGGAAUCUUCCGAAGCUGCCAGCAGUUCCGGUUGCGUCACGCCAGCAUCCGCACUGCCCGAAUCUCCGCCGAGGCCUUCAACCGUGCCCUCUGCCAGCACCGCCUCGUGGAGCUAGAUGCUUCACGGGUCAAUGCCGACCUCACCAUUGCUGACAUCCUUCGAGGUUUAUCAUCCAAUAAAACCUUGCAGGAGAGUCUGCAGCGGCUCGUACUGAGCGGCCUGACCAUGUCUUCUCUGGAGGAGCCCAGCCGUCGCUGUUUCAGUGCCAUGCAGGGGUUGCGUGCACUCAGUGUGUCCAGUGUGGACUUCUACGACUCUGGCUUGAUGGACGUGUGCACGCUGCCUCGCCUGGAGAGUUUGGAUAUCUCCAACACCUCAGUGACGAACCUGACCCCGCUCCUGGGCUUGAGAAGCAGGCUACGCUACCUCACCAUGCACCAGCUCAAGAGGCUGGAGAUGACCACCGCUCAACUGCUAGCUGUGCUCAGUCAGCUGGAGGGUUUACAGCAUCUUGAUAUCUCAGACGAUAAGCAGUUCACAUCCGACGUGGCGCGGCAGCUCCUAGAGACUCCUGGCAUCCUGCCCCAGCUGGUGUCUCUGGAUGUUUCGGGCCGUAAGCAGGUGACUGAUACAGCGGUCAGGGCUUUCGUGGAGGCGAGACCGGGCAUGACCUUCGUUGGUCUGCUUGCCACCGAUGCCGGAUUCUCUGACUUCCUGUCUGGAGAGGGCAGCUUAAAGGUGACUGGAGAGGCCAAUGAGACUCAGAUCUGUGAGGCAUUGAGAAGAUACAGUGAGAGAGAGGGGUUUGUCAGAGAAGCUCUCUUCCACCUCUUCAGCCUCACUCACGCCAUUGAGAAACCACGACCUGACAUCCUGAAGUUGGUAGCAUUAGGGAUGAAGAAUCAUCCGGCCACACUGAACGUGCAGCUGGCAGCCAGUGCCUGUGUGUUCAACCUCACCAAACAGGAACUUGCCUUUGGAAUCCCUGUGCGACUCCUGGGGAACGUCACACAGCUGCUUCUCGAAGCCAUGAAGACCUUCCCCAACCACCAGCAGCUGCAGAAGAACUGCUUGCUGUCUCUAUGCAGUGAUCGAAUCUUGCAGGAGGUUCCCUUCAACAGGUUCGAAGCUGCUAAGCUGGUCAUGCAGUGGCUGUGUAACCACGAGGAUCAGAACAUGCAGAGGAUGGCUGUGGCUAUUAUCUCCAUCCUUGCUGCCAAGUUGUCCACUGAGCAAACUGCACAAUUAGGAGCUGAACUGUUUAUCGUAAAGCAACUCCUGCACAUUGUGCGGCAGAAAACGUGUCAGGGUAUCGUGGACGCCACGCUGAAGUUCACACUCAGUGCUCUGUGGAACCUCACAGAUGAGUCUCCUACCACCUGCAGACACUUCAUAGAGAACCAGGGACUAGAGCUCUUCAUCAAAGUACUCGAGUCCUUUCCAUCAGAAUCGUCCAUUCAACAGAAGGUCCUGGGCUUACUGAAUAAUAUCGCCGAGGUGGGGGAGUUGCACGUUGAGCUGAUGGUUCAAAGUUUUCUGGAUCACAUUCGCUCUCUGCUGAACAGUCCAGAGGUGGAGGUCAGUUAUUUUGCCGCAGGCAUCUUGGCCCACCUCACCUCACGGGGCGAGAAGGUGUGGACCCUCGACCUGUCACUCAGGACCACGCUGCUGGAGCAACUGCAUUCUGCGAUUCUGAAGUGGCCGACGCCGGAAUGUGAGAUGGUAGCGUACAGGUCGUUCAACCCUUUCUUUCCUUUACUGGAGUGCUUCCAGGCCCCAGGAGUCCAGCUGUGGGCCGCAUGGGCCAUGCAGCACGUCUGCAGCAAAAAUGCGGGCCGGUACUGCAGCAUGCUACUGGAGGAAGGAGGACUGCAGCAUCUAGAGGAUGUGAUGUCACAUCCCCAAACCCACGGCGACGUGCUGCGAUUGGCUGAAAGCAUCCUUGACAGUUUACAUCGCCACCGAGCACGCACAGGAUACACAGGACCGCCCAAAACACACACACAUAGAGAGAAAAACGUUCCAUGACAAGCUCCGUGGUCUCCGGAAGCUUUUUGUAUGUGUAUGUGUUCACUCGUGCCCAUCCGUAUGACAUUGAGGCUCUGCUGCUCUUCUGUUAGGAGGAACGUGCGGAUGAGUUACUUUGCAUAUGUUUGCACACGACGGAAUCCAUUAUUUAUUUGACAUAAGUCUCCGUGAUCUGAGGAAAUGUUUAUUUAGACGGGCAGCAGCUAAGAGAGUGUUUAUGUUAAAACGUGGGACGUAUGUGAGAGUUUAUAUGUGUGUGCAUGUGUGUAUUAAGAGCAUGUGCAUCAGAUUGUUAUGUAUGCAUAUUCAGAUUUUGGAUGCAAAUCCUUAGGAAAUUCCCUUUAUUUGAGAGAUUUCUGUCUUGAUGGGCAUAAAAUGCAAUAAUAUAAAGACACAACAGAUACAGUUGUGUUACAUGGAAAUACAUGGACGGUUUAGUAAUGUUCAGUGUGGAAUAUGUUAAACUGCAUGUGUGAGAGAGAAAAAAAAAGUGUGUGAUCUGUGUGUACAAACGAGAGACAACCGCUUGUCAACGCACUGAACAGCAUGAGAGCUUUAGGGAUGAAAUAUAUUUUUAUAGACUGUAUAAAAAUGGUUGCAGAUGACAGUGUUUAUGAUGUUGUGUUGCACGCAAAGUAUUAUGAUCCUAUGGAAGCCCGUUUCUGCCACUGAAUAAAAAAAUAAAACAAGGUAAUUGCGACUUUUUAUCUCGCAAUUCUUUACAAAUACAAAUUAAUAACAAUUUUCGCAAAUACUUUUUCUCGGAAUUGCGAGUUUAUAACUUGCAAUUCUGACUUUCUUUUUUUCUCAGAAUUGUGAGUUAUAAAGUCAGAAUGAGAUAUAAACUUGCAAAUUCCAAGAAAAAAAGUCAGGAUUCAAAUUUGUAUCACGCAAUUCUGACUUUAUAUCUCGCAAUUCUGAGAAAAAAAGAAAGUCAGAAUUGCGAGAUAUUAACUCGCAUCUGCGAGAAAAAAACCUCAGAAUUGUGAGAUAAAAAGUCGCAAUUACCUUGUUUUAUUUUUUAUUUAGUGGCGGAAACAGGCUUCCAUAUGAUCCAGGUUUGAGUUUGUUUCAAAAAAUGGUACUAAGUGGACUGAACAUGUAAGCUCAGAUGAAAGAUUCCUCGAGAACCUGGAGCUCUUCAGAAGCAAACGAAACUGGUGGAGAUUAAUAAAAUCAAAGCUUUUGCCUUUGCAGGAUUAUGUCAAUAAAUGGAUUGUUGCCUCAUAAACCACGUUGAGAAAUCAAGCACGUAGACGUAAAAACGGACGCAGAUAAACAGCACCUUGUAAAAAAGUCAAGAGGAAGAACUUUGUUUUGAUCGUGGCAUCUUUGGAGCGCUGGUGAUUUGCCAAAAAUCACUGAAUUUGCCUUUUUGCGAAACAUACUUGCAUUGAACUUUUAACUUAACACCAAUGAAGCUGCAGCAGGUUCAACUUGUCUUGUUUGAAAUUGCAAUUAAAAAAAUUAUACUCCAUUUGUUCCAGUGAACUUAAGCGUUUUUGUAUAUAAAUGUUUCAUUUCCAUGGAUGGGUAUGAUUCUUUUUUGCAGCAUGGAUUUGGUUUUCUGUUUGUAACUGGGCCAUGUUUUAUGAUGAGAUAGAUGCUCCAGCAAAUGUGCUUUGUUCCAGAAAAUCUUAUUGUGUCAUGCAGCUGUUCUUGCAGAUUGCAUGAAAUAUAUACUGUAAGUAUUUGUUAAAAUUUGUACUGUAAAUCUUUGGCCAGGUUUAUACACCUGAAAUACAUCACAACAAUGCCCGUUUUUGGAUUCAGCUUCAACAUUAACAAAUACUGACGUUAAAUUGAAUCUGCCGCUGUGUAAAUGGACCAAACGAGUUCACUGGACUCUACAGGCCGAGCGUGGAGACCCUCAUCAUGUAUGUGGCCUUCCAUUUUUGGUUUUGUGCCACACUACUGUUCUCUUCCUCACUUCCUCACAUAUGUGGAUUGAGCAGCAAAACAAGAGUAAACUAGUGUCAUACUGCUGCUCAGAUUCAGAUUUAUGCAAGUUAUGUUUGGGGAAUAAAGAAUGUAAAACCCC